AUGACAGAGAUUUUAGCAACAAAAAUAGGCCAGGAAGCAAUAUUUUUAUGGCUAAUAACUCAUAAUGCUCUGUGGCAGCCCAUUUGUUUUUAUGUCCACCGGGAUUCCCAAUCUGAUUUAACACAAGUAACCACAAAUGCUGCAGGCUUUUACAAGUCUGUUGUCACUUGGGUUUGGUUUCAUUUUUUUUCCCUGUACUGUUUGGUGCCAAAGUUCUGGAAUCUGUGGCGAGAUAAGUAUGACUUCCUGGAACGGCUUCCUGUCCCAUUGCUCCUGUACAUCAUUUCCUUUCUGGAGUUUGAAGAUAUUGCCAGACUUUCUCAAGUUUCACACAGGGCGGGACUCGUUUCGGUUGCUUUGGGACGAGCCUCUUGCAGAAUUCCCGGUGCUGCGGGGACGUUCCGCCGCCAGAGGGCGCCGGGCUCCCGGGGCACGGCCGGAGUCCCCGGGAACGGGGAAGAUCCGCGGGAACGGCGGGAGCGGCUGCGCUCUUACAACUACCUAUGUGACAGUGUGCUAUGGGAAACUAUUGUGGAGAACUUGUGUGACACAAUCACACCUGAAAUGAAGGAGCUGGCACAGGAAGUGGGCUGGAAACCAUUCUUCACACACAGAUGUCCACUGCAGCUACAGCUCUGAAGGAGGAGGCAGAAACAAGAUGUUCAGAACAAACAACUGAAUAAAGGUGCAUUUUUCACUGAAACAAUUGUUGUAAGGUGUGGGUUUGCUGUUUAUCAGGUCAAACACAUGGAAUUCUUUACUGAGGAAAGCAGAUUUUUUUAG